AUGUUUGGUGGGUUGGAAGAUGAUGUAGAUCUUGAUCUUGAUGUAGAACAUGCCACUGACUGUACAAAAUGCUCAGGAGACUCAUGGUCUGAUGAUCGAAGAAGGGUCUGCAUUCCGAAGCUGGUAGAGUACCUGUCAAACAGUGAUCCAUUGGGUGCAGUCCUGGCUGCUGUUACCAUUUCUAUGUCCAUCAUUCCUGCCCUUGCACUUUGGAUUUUCAUUGCAUAUAGGGACACACCGAUUGUAAAAGCAAACAACUGCAAUCUCAGCUACUGUUUGCUAGUAGCUCUCAGUCUUUGCUUUCUCUGUGCAUUAAUAUUUAUUGGAAAACCAAGCAAUGCAACCUGUUUUGUCAGACAAUCUGCAUUUGGAAUUGUAUUUUCUGUUUGUAUUUCUAUUAUUUUAGCAAAAACUAUCACAGUUGCUAUCGCAUUUGGUGCAGCAACCCCAGGAAGUUUCCAGCAGAAGUGGGUGGGAUCCAAUACACCAAGUUUCAUAGGACUUUUCUGUUCUUUUAUACAGAUAUGUAUUUGCUCUGUUUGGCUUGGAUAUUCAGCACCUUUUGCGGAGGAAAACUUGAACACGUAUAAGGACAAAAUAAUCAUAGAAUGCAAUGAAGGAUCUAAAAUACUGUUUUACUGCAUGCUUGGAUAUCUUGGUCUCCUAGCAAUUAUAAGUUUCAUAGUGGCCUUUUCAGUAAGGAAAUUGCCAGAUAGAUACAACGAGGCAAAGUUUAUCACAUUUAGUAUGUUAAUUUUUGUUAGUGUUUGGCUGUCAUUUAUUCCAGCAUACCUAAAUACUAAAGGAAAAUACGUGGUCGCUGUGGAGAUAUUUGCAAUUUUGUCCUCAGGGUUUGGGCUUCUAGGUUGUAUUUUCUUUCCAAAGUGCAUUGUAAUUCUGCUGAGACCUGAUCUGAAUACAAAAGGAAGUGUUACACAAAAAUCAUAUUAA